AUGAACCCUGUGUUGGAGAGAAAGCCCUGGGAUGUUCACAGUGGAAUUUUUGCUGUUUCUGCCGUGUGUUUAGGUAAGCGGACUACGGCCAUGAACGGGAAAAGGCAGUUUGUUAUAUUCAUUCGUGUCUUCCACAGAAUUUUAAGAUAAAUUACUGUCAGUGAAUAUUUUGAUAAAACGAUAUGAAGAUCUUAAUCUUAAAAACCAAUUGAAAAUACACUUGUUCUUAGUCUGGCAUAGUUUAUUAUAUAUAAAGGAGGGAGAUCAGUUGAUCUUGAGCAGUAUCCUUCGUGGCAUAACGAAUAAGAGUCAAAACAUUUUUUUUGCAAGUCUUUAGUUAGAUGAAUGUAUAAUGAAUUGUGACUGGGGUGUUUACAAAAGCAAAACAAAAAGCAGAAAUAAUUUUCCUGUUUUAAGCGAAAACAUGUUUCAUCCAACUGUAAACGUUUUGCAAGAUAUACUUCUAACCGGCUUUAUGCUAAACUUUAACCUAUUUUCAACAUUAAUUACAGGCUUUUGGAUCACGUCUGAUCUUCCGAUCGCUACGUAGAAAACAAACUCCUCGAAAAUUAUAAAAGGAAAUUUCGACAACCUAACGGAAUUGUGAUUUUCUAGAAAAAUCUGGACAAUUAGAAGUUAUGAAGAACGUACUUAAUUAUAAAAAGUCCAUUUUGGAAAAAAUAAAAAUCAUGUACUUUACUUAAUACUCAGACAUUGCGAUGCGAUAUUUACAGAUGUUUGAAGUCUGGAUAUAAUUUUCCCAUGUCUACCGAUCUACAGGGUUAAAACGAACAGCAAAUAAUAUUUAUUUUGCAAGAUUUUGGCACGAAAACUUAAUAAUCGUACGUAAACAAGAUCUUUAAUCCCAGAAUACAGACUUGGGGCAAACUACCUUGCUCUAGAGAUCUAUUUGUUCAAAAGAUGUAUCUUUCUAGGGGGGCGAAUCCAAAUAAAAGUGUCGGGGAUGCUCAUCCGAAAAUUCAAAUUAAAUCCCAAAGGGAGACCAAUGAGGGUGUGGCUCAAGCUUAAACUGACCCCUAAGAGAGAUUUCUGUUUGGUCAGUGUCAGGGCAUUUUUUGUAAAUUAUUUUUUGAUGCACGGUACUGAACGAUACCUGAGUGGGUAAAUAUAGUGACUUUCCAUCCCAAACACCCAAAGCGAGACGAUGAGCAUCUCAUACGGGAGCUCCCCCAGGGAUAUCUUUAAGGUAGCGUAGUAGCAAUGACUAAGCGUAAGGUCAAGAUGGCUGGAUAUUGGCCUCGUUCGUUUUGCGUUUUUACAGACCGAGACAAAGUCGACAUUCAUAAAAAGCAAAAAUGAAUCGGGCCAAUAGGCCGCCAUCUGACGAAACAAGCUUGAUCCGAAUAAAGAAUGAAUUAUUUGGCCAAAAAGAAAACUUUUUCUUGUGGGACCAACGCGGGAAAUCCCUGGCGGGCAAGGAAGGCCCAUCUUGGCCACUUUGGUAGCUAAUUAGAACAAGAAACUCGUUUCAUCUUGCCCGCUCGCAGGAGGCAGAGGCUACAGGCAGAAAAAAAAUUAAAGCCAAGGAACCAUUGUUUCAACAGGCUUAAUCCUCAUCAUUGGACUUCUUGGCAAUGGAAUCGUGCUAGCAGUAAUCUCAAACUUGCGCCGGCGAGGUCACAAAACGUCCGUUCAGCUCUUCCUCGUUAACUUGGCCGUCUCAGAUCUGAUGGUGUGUUUGCUGUGCAUUCCCCUGACCAUCUUUGUAAAUUUUUAUUACCCAAAUAAAAUAGCCGAAAGAGAGGUUGGUUUCUGCAAGCUGGCACGAGUUAUGCAGGUAUAGAUUUUAAUUUACAUUGUUUUAACUGUAACGAUUUCAGAGGACCUGGUGAACUAAUAGGCGUCGACACCACUAAUCAAGCAGAAUAAUUAAAAUUAAUGUUUCAGUGAAAACAGUUAAGAUCAAAGCUGUUUAAUCUAGCUUGAAUAAUGUUCCCAGGGCACCAGUUCCAGAGGCGGAUCUAGGGGGAGGGUGCAGGGGGUGCGCCCCCCCCCCCCCGAGAUGACCUGCGGUUUCCUAAUAAAACUGGUAUUCUGCAAAAAAAAAAAAAACUACGUGGUUUAUUGGUGUUGAAGUACAGCAAGAGACGAGUGCACCCCCUCCUAAGAAAAAUCCUGGAUCCGCCCCUGACUUCAUUUCUUUGCUAACGACGCACGUCAGCCAGAACUGCCCUUUUUGCAAUCAUUAGCAGUAAUCUCUCGCCUAAAUGUUUCGGCAAGUCCUCUCUACAAGAGCCAAGACACUAUAGCUAAACAUUACAAAUUUCAGCGUCAGCAACGUCAAGAAUUAAAAGGGAAAACCGCAGCGCACCUCACUUUCCUUUUCUCACGUGAUUGACCAAAACGCUUUGUUUAAACUUCCACAAUUAUGCCCAGACGAAGAAAAUAAGUAGUUGAACCAGUCAGAGACAACAACCGGAACUUUCACCUGCACCCACUGAGGAAACAUCAGUAACAAUAAACGUGUCUUUUCCUGUCUUCAAGAAAAGUGCGAUUUUAUUUGUUGCUUAUUAAUAUGUGGACAUGUCCUUGAUGCAAGGUUUACCCUAGAUGAUAUUUUGCUGGAUUAUUCCUGACGAAUCCGAAGCGUUUUGGUAUCGGAUUGGUUUGGUCAAUAAGUCAGCAGAUUUUAAAUCGGAAAUCUAAAGCCGAAUGUUUUGUUCAGAGAUUACUGUUCAACGUUUUGUAGUGUAAGUAAUUCUUCCAACGAACCCGGAUACAGUUUUCCGCUAGUGAUCAUAUGAGUUGGCGGUAAAACCAAUUGAGAGGAAAAUGACGGGCGUAAAAGUUCCCGCUUGAAUGUCUCUGGAUUUAUCGAUGUCGGCAAACGCUGGCGAAUCCACUAAAAUACCCUGAAUAUAUUCAAUGUGAAAACACUUAUGAAUGCAAAAACCACUGGCCUCCAGUGCAAACCUUGCCUGUUAUUUUACUGUACGAAAUAUGAUAAUAUAUACGACUUUUCGUAUCUUCUUCACCUGUAGUCAAACCAUAUCCACAGUAUUCAAUAUUUACUUUAUUCCUUUUCCGUAGCACCUUAACCCAGUGAUCUCAGUCAGCCUGAUGACAGCAAUAAGUGUUGAUCGGUACAUGACAUUUGUGAAGCAGGAAUUAACGUGCAUCAAUAGAGCUUGGUAUCUCAGGCCGGUCUGGUUGAUCUUCUUUGCUUGGGUAUAUGGUACAGUUCAAUGCCUUCCGAUUUUUUAUACAAGCAAUUUCAUUCCUCUUGAUUAUAAUAACAGCACCAUCUACUACUGCAGUACUACACACGGCCAGUCUCUUGUUGGGAAGAUUUACCUCGCUGCCUCAGUCUUACUUGGGUUCGUGAUACCCUUAGCAGUCUUAACUAUAUCAUAUCGCAGAAUUAUAAAAGUGAUAUCGACCAGGGAUCGCAGACUUUCCGCGACUGUAGGGAGUAUAUACAAUCCCACAAUCACAAAUGCCAAGUUGCUGGAAAAGUCCAGAAGAAGGGUUCUUCGCGUGUUGGUGAUUGUAGUUGUUUGUUUUGUUGUCUGCUGGUUGCCUUUCGCUGUCUACUUUGGGCUACUGGUGCAGCAUCUCAGGGAAUUUCCGAACGUUAUGGAUCCGGUGAGUCUCAUAACCUAUGGACUGGGCAUAUCAAACUCAGUCUUUAACCCUUUUAUUUACUUCUUCAACGUUUGCGGUAAGUCCUGUCGUUCUAUGAGAAGUAGAUUUCUUGAGGUAAUGGGAAGUAGCCGGGAGAGGACAUCACUGGAAAGUGUAAGAACAAGCUCGACCUGUUCAAGGACCGCCUGCGUAGCCGAACAAGACAAGGACGUAGUAGAGUUAGAUGUAACCUCUCCUUCUCCUGUCCGAUCAGACAUCGAUAAUACAUGUACAAGAGUUGCAUUCGUGAAUGAACUUGCAGAGUUUCAAGGAGAAGGUCUGGAUACCAAGUUCUAA